AUGGCUGACAGGUAUUACCCAGACAUAACCUCUCCCUCAAAGGAGGAUUCGGAGUAUCCGGAGAUCGAUGAAAAUGUUCACUAUUCAUGGCAGCAUGGUCAACCUAUGGAUGAUGGAAAUGCCCUUUCCUCGGUACUUGAUCCUCGUCUUUUUGGAGAUCAGAUGCAGCCUCCUGAAGACAUUUAUCGCUUUCCAGGCAAAGUUGAACCAGAGAUAGAAGAAGAAGAGUUCUCCUCGGGCGAGUACGAUCAGCAAUAUCCCCCAGUACCUCAUAUCCCAGGACAAUUCGAUGAGGCUGCAUCUGACAACGACUUUGUCAUAUCCGGUGAGGAGGAAACGGAUAGCGAUGAUGAUGACGACGAAGCAGCAGCAGAAGAUGAUGACGAUGAUGAUUCUGCUGCCAGGAGACGCCGACGCCGAGGAGGCGGGCGCUUCUCCGGAAGAUAUGGUGCCCGCGGUGGAAAGGGCAUCAAGAGAGGUCCACGCAAACCAAUUGAACCCGGUCCAGAGUUCAAGCACUUCCAUUCAGAGGCCACAUCUGCAUUCAUUGAUGGCAAUUACGAUUAUGCCAUUGAGCAGGUCAUGCAGGCGAUUCAAGCCAAUCCUGAGAUGUUUGCUGCGCAUUCUCUACUCUCUGAAAUCUUCCUUGCACAAGGAGAAAACGACAAAGCCCUGGCGGCUCUUUUCAACGGAGCUCAUACCAGGCCGAAGGAUCCUGGCGUUUGGGUCAAAGUUGCUAAGCUUAUCUUGGACCGUGCAGGGGAUAAUCGAAAGUCUGCUUUGAAUGAUGUGGUCUACUGUUACAGUCGCAUCCUCGAAGUCAGCCCCGAGAACUACAACAUCCGGUUUCAAAGAGCGGCGAUCUACCGUGAGCUAGGUCAUAAUGGUCGAGCUGCAACGGAGUAUGAAAGGUUACUCAAGGAACGACCACACAGCGUCAAGGCCCUGCGUCAUCUUGCAGAGACAUACAUUGACUCGGAUGAGAUUCAGAAAGCAGUGGAUCACUAUACAGAUAGCAUUAAUCACUACUUGACUCUUGAUCCUGAAGAAUGCGAGUUCUCGUGGUCCGAUGUCAACAUUUAUGUUGAACUUUUUGGCUACCUUCAGCAGCCUGCGGAAGGACUGAACUCUCUGAAAAUGCUCGCGCGGUGGCUCCUAGGACGGGUUGAUGAUACUAUGUGGGAGGAUAUGGAUGACGACGAUCGUGAAUGGGAUGCUGAUGAUUCACCUCGACGUAUCAAAACAGAAGGAUACGUACCUAAACAAUGGCCUCGAGAAAGCUAUGGACUCGGACUUCCUUUGGAGCUUCGAGUCAAAUUAGGUGUCUUCCGCCUGAACAUGGGUGAAAAGAACCAGUCUGAAGCAUUACAUCAUUUCGAAUGGCUCAAUCCCGAGGAUGACUCCGAAGGAGCUCGGAUCUUCGACUAUGGCGAUCUUUUCAGAGAAGCGGCGGAUGCACUGAAAAAGGCUGGUCUGCUAGAAGAAGCUCUGCGAUACUAUACCCCCAUUCAGCAAACGUCAGAUCAUGCGGACAUAAGCUUUUUCAUGGCUAUGGGCGAAUGUUGUAUACAGCUUGGAAAAGUGGAAGAUGCCGAAAGCUGCUUUCUGCUCGUCGCCGAGCACGAUCCGAAGCACAUGGAGUCGCGGGUGGCUUUAGCGAGACUAUAUGAGAGCCUUGAAAUGAGUGAACAAGCCUUAAAAUAUGUCAACGAAGCGGUCUUGAUUGGCAGACAGGAGAACAGAUCCAAGCGAAAAAGAAAGGAUACCAGGCUUGAGCAGCUUGCCAUUGAAUUCAAACUGGCUGAAACAGCAGCCCUCCGGCCACUUGCGCCCAAACCAACAGCUCCAACAGUGCCACUUAUGAACGCUACUCCUUCAGCCCAAGGGAGAAGAGGUGAAGGUACUCGAACCGAUGAUAUUCAGUUCCUUUAUGCAAAGAUGCUGGAUCUGCUACCUCGCGUAAAGGAGGGUGCAUCAGACGCCAUCGAGGAUUGGCUUGAUAUUGCUGAUGCUCUGUUGCGAGACUUCCGCUCCAAUAGAGCUUUCUAUCCAGAAAUCCGCAGCGUCGCAUUUAUGGGAUAUUCGCGCCCUCAGCAACGCAAGGGCGGAAAGGGUAAAGAUCGAACAUGGAUGGAUGAGAUGCAUGAAAUGGCAGGCCGUCUUCAUGAGAGUCUGGGAGAAGGGACACAAGAACCCCUCCAGGGUGCAAUCCCAACGGACUAUCACGGAAUACCUUUUGAUGAGUGGCUCGAUAUUUUCCUUCAGUAUGCCCUGCUCACGGCAGAACAGGGCGAGCCAGAGGAGUCUUACGAGGCCCUUGAUUCAGCAUCACUUGCAAGCAUCUGGUUGCACUCCAAGCCCAAAUCUCGAUUAAUCCAUGUGUGCUGGUUUACUUGUGCGCUUCGCGUGGGAGAUGAAGAUACUCUAGCUAACGAAGCACGCUGGUUCAUCAAGGAGUACCAGUUUGUCACCGACACUUAUCGCCUUUUCUCCAUGUUGAGCCACCUGUGUGGUGAUCCUCACCGAUCCCUCUUCCAUUCCUCACCAAACAUGAAGUUCAUGCUUCGCCAAAUCAAAGCGAUGGACUUUACCCUGCCUAGUGAUAUCCCCCGACCAACCCGACAGUCCAUCUGGAAAGAACGCGCGACUCUAUCCACACGCGACGAAGCCGGUGACCCAAUCCCUGCUAUGGAACUAGACAUCGCGCUCCUAGUACUCUACGGCCACAUUCUGUACUCUGGAAACAGUUUCUACCCUGCCUUGAACUAUUUCUUCCGAGCCUAUGCACUCGACGAUCAAAACCCAGCCGUCCUCCUAUCCAUCGGCCUCUCUUUCAUCCACCAUUCCCUCAAACGGCAGGCCGAAAAUCGACACUACCUCAUCAUGCAAGGACUAUCUUUCAUGCACGAAUACCGACGUGUCCGCGAGAGACCCGGUAGCCUCUUGGCAGAAAAGCAAGAGAUGGAAUUUAAUUUCGCUCGCGUGUGGCAUUCCCUUGGUCUCGCCCAUCUGGCGAUCGAGGGAUACGACAAAGUACUGAAACUGGGCGAACAGAUUAAAAAGGAGGCACAGGAUAACCAGACAGAGAAUGCCUCAGAAAAUGGCGGCGAUGUAGUCAUGGGCGAUACUGAUCAGCAUGAAGCAUUCCUCGCGAUCCCGCCUUUUGUCGAGGACUUCACACGCGAGGCUGCGUAUGCGAUGCAGUGCAUCUAUGUUCUCAGUGGGGAUGCAACAGCCGCACAGGCUGUCACUGAGCAGUGGCUCGUUAUCUGA